UUCUCUCUCUCUCUUGGUAAAUCCUUUUUCGUACAAUAUUAUUCUGUUGAAACUCUCCGUGUUUUUUUUAAUGAAUGCUCGAUUUCUCUCUCUCUCUCUUUUCGGGGAAGAGUCGCCGAAAAUGCUGUCGCCAACUAAUUCAGUGGAUGCAAACUCGAAUGCUUUUAGCCUGGAGUUUGGUAAUGGUGAGUUCACGGGUGCUGAGCUGAAGAAGAUCAUGGCGAAUGAGAAGCUUGCCGAGAUAGCAUUGAGUGAUCCCAAGCGGGCCAGGAGUCAGACUGCUCGGUCGAAAGAGCGAAAGAUGAGAUAUAUAGCAGAGUUGGAGCAGAAGGUCCAAACUUUACAGACUGAAGCAACUACAUUAUCUGCCCAACUUACUCUGAAGCAUCGAGAUUUUGGUGGACUGACUAGCCAGAACAAUGAGCUGAAGUUCCGGUUACAGGCAAUGGAACAACAAGCUCAACUCCGAGAUGGUAUGAAUUUUGUGUUCUAUAUUUACUAUUUCAUUUCGUCUUCCUGA